ACUCUGCAAGCGACCACAUAAGAAGAGAUCCUGAAAGCACAUGUAGUAUAUUCUUUAGUCGACGUACGUGUCUAAACAGUGUGAUGUACUGGGUCAAACUAUUGCUUCUAUUUUAUGUGUACUGUCAAGGCUUAUGUGACGAUCCCAUUGCACAAAACAGAGCCAAGCGUGAGGCGGUCCCACUGUGGAAGCAACCGAUGGGCAAGGCUGAUGACCGAUGUGGGUCUCAACUAAAAGACAACGCCACAUGCAAUAUGCCACGGUGGUGUCCUGGACGCGUUGGCAGGUGCUGUAGGAAAGAGUGCAUCUGCAAGGCAUUACUAAACCCAUGCGACUCUGGCAAAUCGAAACAUGAAAAGAACGCUGAUGUGGCACCGCCUGUGCCUGGACACGAAGGGGAAUGCACUCUUGAGUGCAUGAAGAAAUGCUACAAAACAUGCCCGGAAUUGAAGACAAAGCCGGACGCCUGCGCAGUGCGUUGUGCACCUGGCUGUCAGAGUCGAUGUGGUGGCAGAUGA